GAAAAAUUUCGUCCAACAACCGCCCUCCUUGGGCUAACACCAAGCCCGCCAAUUUCGGAAUGGGAGCAGCCUCCACACCACCAGCUCCUCCAGCUCGUCCAGUACUUCCGGUACCAUCAAGGGUACCACGGAUUCAUCCAAGGCUGUUGAUACCACCACCACCUCCUCCAUGGUCCCAACCGCUCGACGAUCCGGGGCCUCUGGAGCUUGCUCCGGUUGACUGGGACCGGGUCCUUCAACAACAGAAGGAUGGAUUUCUUUCUUGUGCGCCCUCAUAUGAGUCUACUCGUGAGCCCUCAUACCGUGACUGUCAACCCGGUUAUGAGCUCCGAUCUCCGCCCCCAUACCAUCCCGGCAACCAAGCUCCGUACCAUGACGACCAACCUGGCCGUGAGCCCCAAUACCCGCCGCCCUCUUACAGAAUGCAGACCUCAUAUUUUUCCCAUUCCUAUGAUCCUUGCAGCCGCCAGCUCGCUCACCAACUCACUGAGGAGCAACACGCUGAGAAACAGCCCGCUGGCAAACCCGCUGGCAAACCCGCUGACCAACCCGCUGGCAAACCCGCUGACCAACCCCCUGCGAAACAACUAUUUCGCCGCUUGGAUUUUCCAAGCUGACCAGCAGCCCGCUGAUCAACCCGCUGAGGAGCAAUCCGCCGAGAAAACCGCUGAGCAACCCGUUCACCAGCCUGCUGAGAAGCCCGAUCGCCGCUGGAAUGCCCGUAGCGAGCCUCUCCCCAUGUCUCACAAGCAUCGGAAAACAACAAAACAACAAUUAUCGGAGGAACUACAACGCCGAGAGGAAUUUGAAAUCGAUAUGGUAUCAGAGUCUAAUGACCGAUUUGUCCAUGAACAGACCCAACAGACCCAACAGGCUCAACAGGCUCAACCUGCUGACCAACCCGCUGAGAAGCAACCCGCCGAGGAGCAACCGGCUGAGAUGCUCUCUGAGGACCAACCCGCUGACCAACCCCCUAAGAAGCAACCAGAUCGCCGCUGGAAUGCUCAUAGCGAGCCUCUCCCCAUGUCCCACAAAAGAGGCCGCACACAUAGGGAAACAACAUCGGAACUAGAGUCGACGAUUGCGAAAUUCACAAAAUAUGCAAAGGAGAACAGUGCGGGUGCCAUCUCCCUCGCCCCCCGCGAGCAACGGCCUGUUACGCAUGCCAGCUUGCCAAAGUGGCAUGUAGACCUGCAAUAG